AGUUGGAGGUAAACAGCCCCGAAUGGAGCGCCGAGGCGUGCUGGCCGCGGCGGCGCCGUGUCCCCGGGCUUGAGGCGGCCCCAGGUAGCAGCAAGCAGUGUGUGUCAGGCUGCGUGGCCCCUUGUCCGGCGUGUGAGUCAUCCCCUGCGUGUCACCGUGCCCUUGCAGACCCACCGCCCUCAGCCUCGUCGCCUGGUUCCGUGGUGCCCAUGGGGCGGAGGACUCGCUCGCCGUGGCCCCAGUGAGAGCAGCCCUGUGCCCAACAUGGAGAAGAAGCGGAGAAAGAAGACCGUAUUCACUUAGGACCAUGAAGCUUGUCAACAUCUGGCUGCCUCUGCUGGUGUUUUUACUUUGUGGAAAGAAGCAUCUGGGUGACCGACUGGAAAAGAAGUCUGUGGAGAGAGUGCCGUGUCCUGACUGCCCCCACCUGACUCUGAAGGUGGAAUUCUCCUCUGCGGUUGUGGAGUCUGAAUAUAUUGUGGCUUUCAAUGGAUACUUCACAGCCAAAGCUAGAAAUUCAUUUAUUUCAAGUGCCCUGAAGAGCAGUGAGGUAGACAACUGGAGAAUUAUACCUCGAAACAACCCGUCCAGUGACUACCCAAGCGAUUUUGAGGUGAUUCAGAUAAAAGAAAAACAGAAAGUGGGGCUGCUGACACUUGAAGACCACCCCAACAUCAAACGGGUGACCCCCCAGCGCAAAGUCUUUCGCUCCCUGAAGUAUACGGAGUCUGACCCCAUUGCGCCCUGCAAUGAAACUCGGUGGAGCCAGAAGUGGCAGUCCUCACGUCCCCUGCGAAGAGCCAGUCUCUCUCUGGGUUCUGGGUUCUGGCAUGCCACGGGAAGGCACUCGAGUAGACGGCUGCUGAGAGCCAUCCCGCGGCAGGUGGCGCAGACGCUGCAGGCAGACGUGCUCUGGCAGAUGGGCUACACAGGUGCUAAUGUAAGAGUGGCUGUUUUUGACACUGGGCUAAGCGAGAAGCAUCCCCACUUUAAAAAUGUAAAGGAGAGAACCAACUGGACUAAUGAGCGAACGCUGGAUGAUGGUUUGGGCCAUGGCACGUUCGUGGCAGGUGUGAUAGCCAGUAUGCGGGAGUGCCAAGGAUUUGCCCCAGAUGCAGAACUUCAUAUUUUCAGGGUCUUUACUAAUAAUCAGGUCUCCUACACGUCUUGGUUUUUGGACGCAUUCAACUACGCCAUCUUGAAGAAAAUUGAUGUGCUCAACCUGAGCAUUGGUGGCCCCGACUUCAUGGAUCACCCCUUUGUGGACAAGGUGUGGGAGUUAACGGCUAACAAUGUGAUCAUGGUUUCUGCCAUCGGCAACGACGGCCCUCUCUAUGGCACACUAAACAACCCUGCCGACCAGAUGGAUGUGAUUGGAGUAGGUGGCAUUGAUUUUGAAGACAACAUUGCCCGCUUUUCCUCCCGAGGAAUGACCACCUGGGAGCUGCCAGGAGGUUAUGGGCGCGUGAAACCGGACAUCGUCACCUUUGGCGCUGGAGUGCGGGGUUCUGGCGUGAAAGAGGGCUGCCGCGCCCUCUCCGGGACCAGCGUCGCCUCUCCAGUGGUGGCGGGUGCUGUCACCUUGUUAGUGAGCACGGUGCAGAAGCGGGAGCUGGUGAACCCUGCCAGCAUGAAGCAGGCCCUCAUCGCGUCGGCCCGCAGACUUCCUGGCGUCAAUAUGUUUGAGCAAGGCCAUGGCAAGCUGGAUCUACUCAGGGCCUACCAGAUCCUCAACAGCUACAAGCCACAGGCAAGCUUGAGCCCCAGCUACGUAGAUCUGACUGAGUGUCCCUACAUGUGGCCCUACUGCUCCCAGCCCAUCUACUAUGGAGGAAUGCCGACAGUUGUUAAUGUUACCAUCCUCAACGGCAUGGGAGUCACAGGAAGAAUUGUAGAUAAGCCUGACUGGCAGCCCUAUCUGCCCCAGAAUGGGGACAACAUUGAAGUUGCCUUCUCUUACUCCUCAGUGCUGUGGCCUUGGUCAGGGUACUUGGCCAUCUCCAUUUCUGUGACCAAGAAAGCAGCCUCCUGGGAGGGCAUUGCUCAGGGCCACGUCAUGGUCACCAUUGCUUCUCCCGCUGAGGUGGAGUCACAAAAUGGCGCAGAGCAGACUUCAACGGUGAAGCUCCCAAUGAAGGUGAAGAUAAUUCCGACUCCCCCUCGCAGCAAGAGGGUGCUCUGGGAUCAGUACCACAACCUCCGCUAUCCCCCCGGCUACUUCCCGAGGGACAACUUACGCAUGAAGAACGACCCUUUGGACUGGAAUGGUGACCACGUCCACACCAACUUCAGGGACAUGUACCAGCAUCUGCGGAGCAUGGGCUACUUUGUGGAAGUCCUCGGCUCCCCCUUCACGUGUUUUGAUGCCAGUCAGUAUGGCACCUUGCUGAUGGUGGACAGUGAGGAGGAGUACUUCCCCGAAGAGAUCGCCAAACUGAGGAGGGACGUGGACAACGGCCUGUCGCUGAUCGUCUUCAGCGACUGGUACAACACCUCAGUGAUGAGAAAAGUCAAAUUUUAUGAUGAAAACACAAGGCAGUGGUGGAUGCCAGACACUGGAGGAGCCAACAUCCCAGCCCUGAAUGAGCUGCUGUCUGUGUGGGAUAUGGGGUUCAGCGAUGGCCUGUAUGAAGGGGAGUUCACCUUGGCAAACCAUGACAUGUACUACGCCUCGGGCUGCAGCAUCGCCAGAUUUCCAGAAGAGGGCAUAGUGAUCACACAGACUCUGAAGGACCAAGGAUUGGAAGUUUUAAAGCAAGAAACAGCAACUGUUGAAAAUGUCCCCAUUUUGGGACUGUAUCAAACUCCAGCUGAGGGUGGAGGCCGCAUCGUGCUGUAUGGAGACUCCAACUGCCUGGAUGACAGUCACCGACAGAAGGACUGCUUUUGGCUCCUGGAUGCGCUCCUUCAGUACACAUCCUAUGGGGUGACCCCUCCCAGCCUCAGUCACUCUGGGAACCGGCAGCGUCCUCCCAGCGGAGCAGGCUCUGCCCCUCCAGAGAGGAUGGAAGGAAACCAUCUUCAUCGGUACUCCAAGGUUCUAGAGGCCCAUCUGGGAGACCCGAAGCCUCGUCCUCUGCCGGCAUGUCCACACUUGUCUUGGGCCAAGCCACAGCCUUUGAAUGAGACGGCACCCAGUAAUCUUUGGAAACAUCAAAAGUUGCUCUCCAUCGACCUGGACAAAGUGGUGUUACCCAACUUCCGAUCUAAUCGCCCUCAAGUGCGGCCCUUGUCUCCUGGAGAAAGUGGUGCCUGGGACAUGCCCGGAGGGAUCAUGCCUGGCCGCUACAACCAGGAGGUCGGUCAGACCAUUCCCGUCUUCGCCUUCCUGGGAGCCAUGGUGGUCCUGGCCUUCUUCGUGGUCCAGAUCAACAAGGCCAAGAGCAGGCCAAAGCGGAGGAAGCCCCGGGUGAAGCGCCCACAGCUCGUGCAGCAGGUUCACCCACCCAGGACCCCGUCAGUGUGAGUGCAGACUGGCCGACCGGGAGGGGCUCUGGGGGUCUGCCUCUGCACAGGCCUCCAGAAUGCCACUGUGAGGCUGUGGGUCUGCGCGCUGAAUGAGUCUCCUGGCCUGGGGGACACAGGCCCGCCGUGCACCUGGAAACACCUCAUGGCCGAGCCCAGCCUCGGUGACGUCACUCCAGGCAGCUGUGAGCACCAAAGACGAGCAGCACUGCAGAGGCCACGUGGGGCCGUGCGCCAUGCGCUGGGAGAGCGGCGCGGGUCCGAGCAAGCUGCCGUGUGUUUGUGAACGGCUAUUUUCUAUAUUUAUUGUUGGGGAAAAGUCACUUUAAAGACUUGUGCUAAUUGGAAGCAAAGCAUUUUUUUUUUUUGGUCAAUGGAAUGCAGUUUUUUUACUAUUACAUCAUUGAGGAAGAACGCAGAUUCCAUGAUCUCCUUUUUUGGUGAAAGGACAGACUAAUAUUUGAGAGAAACCUUCACAUAUCUGUGAAACAGAGAUCUUUGCUUUAUUUUUAUAUCAACUGCCAUCGUAUUUUGUAAUUGGGAAUCUUCAUCUCACCGUUGUUGGUGAAGACAGUUUUCAGUAAUACACAUUACGUGUAUGAAGCUGACGAGCCUGUGUUAGGGGUCUUUUCCUACCUGUCCUUUUUCUCUGGAAUGAGUUCUGAACCAGCCUGUCCGUUUUUUAUUGAGAUAAAAUUCACAUACCAUAAAAUUACCUGUUUGAAAGCA